AUGUCAUCUAUUGUCUCCAAGGGUCGCUUACCUCCAACUAAAAGAGAAUUAAAUAAAGAAACACCCAAAAAAAGGAAAAUAUCUGAAAGCCAAGAUGACCCUGUUUCUGUGUGCAAACUUGAUCAUGACUAUGCAAAUCCUUGUAUCAAAUGUAUUGAAAAAUCAAAAGAGAUUUCAGCACUCAAAUCAAAAAUCAAUGAACUCCAAAUUGAGUUAAUAAAGCAAAAGAAGCUAAAGCAAAAACCACUUUCCAUUACAGACACAGUCUUAAAAAGUAACAAAUCUGUAAGAUUCCAUACUGGUUUGCCUUCGUUAAGUGCUUUUCACACCAUCUACAAGGUUAUUGAGCCAAAGAUAAAGAAAACCAAGUACUGGAGAGGUCCUAAGCAUGUGUUCCACACCCUUAAACACAAGGUUUUAAAGAAGUCAGGGCCACGAAGAUUUCUGUCAUUAAAAGAGGAGAUGGCAUUGACUCUUAUGAAAUUAAGAUUAGGUCUUUUGAAUGAAGACUUAGCUACAAGAUUCAAUAUCAGUGCUCCACAUAUCUCAAAAAUCUUCACCACAUGGAUCAAGAUUCUAUCCAAAUUUCUUGGAACCUUGGUGUUCAAUCCAUCCAAAGAAGUAGUGCGUGAAAAUCUACCACCAUCCUUCAGAAGCAAAAAAUAUUCAUCUGUGCGCCAUAUCAUUGACUGUACUGAGGUAUUUUUAGAGAAACCGCAAAAUCUAGAGGUGCAGACAAAAACGUGGUCAGAUUAUAAACACCAUCAUACUGCUAAGUUUCUGAUCAGCAUCAACCCAUCCGGGAUGAUUAAUUUUAUAUCAGACUGCUGGGGAGGUAGAACCAGCGAUAAAUACAUCACAAAUAGAUCUGGUUUCUACAGUUUGAUUGAACCCUAUGAUGUCAUCAUGGCUGACAGAGGAUUCCAAAUCAAAGAAGAGGUUACCCUUCUUCAUGCCAAUUUGAUGGUUCCACCAGGACGUAGAGGAGCUUGCCAAAUGUCAGCUGACGAAGUACAGCAAACAAAGCAAAUAGCAAACAGGCGUAUAUAUGUUGAGCAAGCCAUUCGCAGAAUGAAGUAUUUCAGAAUUCUGAAGCAUGAAGUCCCUGCUACUUUAUUUCAGCAUUUAGAUGAUAUAAUUAAAACUGUUGCUGGCAUUUGCAACUUGUAUCCUCCCUUGCCUAAAUACAAAUAA